GCUCAAAUUUACCGGGAACGAACGGAUUUUCGUCUUUGAAACCUGACCGUUGAGACUCCGAAACCAAAAACAAAACGACAAUCAUCUCUUAUCUCUAAGGAACGCAUCGUCACCUUCACUACCCACUAAUAACCCGUCAAGCUCCUCAUCCAUGGCGUUCUCUUCCACUUUCUCACCUACACAAAGCUCAUUCUCAUGCCUCUCUCAAUUCCCACAACCCUCCAGAAAAAACCCUCUUCGUUUUUCAUCCCUUAGACCCAUAAAAGCCGCUGCUGAGCCCCCAAAAGAGACUCCUCCGCCGCCCAAAACUGAUGGCAAAGACCCUACUUCCAGCACCACCGCCGUUAAGCCUGCUGCGGCGGCUCCGAAGCGCCCAAAGAAGCCUGUUUACUCAAUGAAGAAAGGCCAGAUUGUAAGAGUGGAUAAAGAGAAGUAUCUUAACAGUAUAAAUUACUUAUCAGUGGGGCAUCCUCCUUUCUACAAAGGUUUGGACUACAUUUAUGAAGAUCGCGGUGAGAUUCUGGAUUUACGCAUUUUUGAGACAGGAGAGUAUGCGCUUGUUGCAUGGGUCGGAAUUCCUACUGCACCGGCUUGGCUCCCAACAGAUAUGCUUAUUGAGUCAGAUAAGCUCGAUUACGAGAGAUUGUGAACUCAGCUCCAGAUGCAGAAUUCUAUCCUUUCACUGGUGGAUUCUAAGGUUUUCUUGAUGUGAUGUAGUAGAUCUUGGAGGUUUAUAUCAGCAACUAAGAAAUCAAUGUUUCAAUAGAGUUGAUUGUGUCAUUCAUUUUUAGGCUGCGGCCUGUGUCAUACUGGGUGGAGCAAGAAAUGCUGUAUAAUAUAUACCUUCACAAAAUCAUCUCAAUGAAGCUUCCCUUAACUUGCU